GUAAAAAAGAAAAUUCUGAACUUCUGCUCCUUCUUCCAAGUCUAGUGCUAGAGAACAGCAUUCCACUGGCAAUCUUCGGGCCUAUCCAGUUACUUCUUCCAUCUUUGCCUUUUGAAUGUGAAAUAGGGAAAGAAUAAAUGCUUUCAAAAUGGCCUAGAUCACAGGUACCAUGAAGCCAUAGACCAUAUGGUUGGCGUGCUUGAUUUGAGCUGGGUGAAUCCAUUACCUCUGGUGCUCCUAGGCUGCCAGUACCUGAACCUCCCCAUGCUACACCUUCCUGUCUCUCUCAUGUGCAGCCUCAUUUCCCCAGAAAAUCCCUUUUCUGCUCCUUCUUAGGUCAGCUAUGGUUUUGUUUCUGAAGCUCUGAGUGAUAAAACUCACUUCCCGUUCAUCUAUCGGAUGGUCCCCAAAGAAGAACAUUUGUACCAAGUGAUUGUCAAAUUGCUCCUGCAUUUCAGGUGGAAUUGGGUUGGCCUUGUUGCUCCAGACACAGAUAACGGAGAAAGGUUCAUAAGGACUUUGACCCCAGUCCUAACCAGGAAUGAGAUUUGUGCUGCCUUUUCACUGAGGAUCCAAGGACUGAAGAUGGAAAUCCCAUUAUUGCCUUUUGAAAUACUAAUCAUGUGGAAUAACGUCACCGUCUUCAUUUAUUACGGGGAGAUACGUUUCUUUACCUCGAUUAUAAAAACUUUACAGGUCAGCGUCAGUAUAUAUAGUAUACCCAUUGUGGGGAAAAUCUGGAUCACAACAGCUUUGUGGGACCUCACUUUGAAUUUCUCUUAUGACAUAUUCUCCAACAAGCAAAUCCAUGGCUUUUUUUCUUUCUUAGUUCAUCAGGAGAAAAAGGUUAAAAAUGAGAAUUUUGAAGCAUUUUACGAUGCUAUGAACGAGUUUGGACUGGGAGCCUUUAAAUGCUUGCUUUCAAAACACGAUUUGUCAGUAAAAUGGCGGAGAAGGUGCAAGAAGGAGAGGAUUCUGGAGGCCUUGACCGAAGAGUUUGUUGACACCACUCUGUCCAUGGACAGCUACCGCAUUUCCAGUCUUGUACAGGCUGUGGCAAGGGCCAUCGAUACGGCCCUCUCUUGGAGAACCCAAAGGAUGAGACGUGCAAACAGGUUCAGAUCACAAAAUAUUCCACCAUGGCAGGUGUGAAUUUUUCUGUGAGAAAUACAUUUUGUAAUUUCUUGGAGAAAGUUAAAUUUUUGGUGUCUCCUGGGCCUGGUCUCCAUGUCAUUGAGACAGCACUUGCUCCAAACCAUCCUGCUGAUGCUCCUUCCCCUUCAAAAUCCUUUUUUCCUGGACAGUGUUCAGGUUAUGGGAGUUCUAUGUCUAAGCAAUUAGGAGGAAUGUCAGAGUUACACCUACUUGUCAAACAGUUUUUGUGUUGCAAAGUGUUCUGGCUCUAAUCUUUCCCAAAUGCUGAUUGAGCAAGAAAGGACUUGCCCACUAUCUAUCUUCAGUUGAAGGUGGAGGCGAAAUUCCUAAUAUCAUAGAAAAGUUUGGAGGGAAGGACUACAACACAGAGGAGAGAGAACCAACCACUUACUCAAGCUAAAGAGGACCCCAGAAGAAUGGAAAAACAGGAUUUGGGGGAAAGCAUUUCCUUGUGGAUGUAAAUGGGCCAUUCUCAUUGUUAGGGAAAAUGCCAUGCUUUCUGAAGCAGCCACCAAGUGGGGAACUAAGUUGUUAGGGAGAUGGAACAUUGAGAUAAUUGGGGGCAUGUCCUAGAUUGAGGAUGGAAUAUUGCAGUUUCUCACCUGUUGUGGUUUCCUUCUUAGUGCUGCCCUUGGGCUGAACUGCAAGUGGCCAAUGGAGGCUUGUCUUUUUAACUGGUUAGGCUUAUUGGGGGCUUUGUCCACAGGUGGGGAUGGUUAAUGUGGGGUAAUGAGAUUAGGCAAAGCUGGGGAGCUGGGUCAUGGGGAGGGAAGGAAUUCAAUCUCCAUCUUGCGAUGUUACUAUUUAAUUUUAUUUCUUCUAUUAGACCUAAGAUUUUACGGUCAGACCAGGAUGGAAAUAUUAGACUUUCCUAUUUUCUGGACAUUGUUGGUUUUUCUUCUCUUUAGCUUCACCCUUUCCUGGGAAACACCCACUUCUACAAUUCCUCUCUGGAAGGAGUGUAUUUGGAUGAAAAAGGGGAGCUGAGUGCUGAAUUUGAUAUUGUGAAGUGGGAGACAUUCCCCAAUCAGUCCACCCAUGCCGUGAAGUUUGGACAAAUACACCAAUGUCAAGGAUCUUCAGAAAUGCAUUUCACCCUAGACCAAGAUGGGUGGUCCAGGCUUUUUAACCAGGUGGGUGCAACCCAUUCCUCACACUUGGCUGAAAUUCUAAUAGAUGAUAAUUAUUUAAUGUAACGUUGUGGGUAAAGAGUGAAGAUUAUGUUCACCAUCUGAAGGAAAGGCGGGAUAUAAAUCAGAAAAUCAACAAGAACUAUUCUAUUAUACAAAGAUGAUGGUUAAUGCUGGAUUGAAGAACCAGAACCAUUUUAAUCAUGAGACAGAGAGAGAGAGGGACAGGAAAUUAAUUUCAAUUUGGAAUAUGUUGAAAAAUACCAUGCCUGGUGUUCCUUCCAUAGCAUUAGAAAUGGCAAGAAGCAUCCUACAAAAUGUACAGAAUAAAAAUGGUUCCAUGACAGGAUUCAAAUGACCUGCUGAACCUUUCUCUUCUAAAGGCUCAUUUCCAUGGACAGCAUCUAAUGUUUGGUGGUAAUGCUUUUUUGUUGUUGUUAGACAUUUUGUCAUUCCAGAUGUACUGGAAGAUGUCACCCUGGAGAGGCCAAGAUGGUUCUGGAAGGAAUGCCCCUUUGCUGCUACGGCUGUUCCAUGUGUGCAGAAGGGACCAUUUCCACUCAGGAAGGCAGGUGUCUCCAGAAGGAGCAGGACUUUAUGAACUGAGCCCAACUAACUUUUCAGACUGAUCAAGGAUUCACUGGCUUAACCGAUGGACAUGUGAACAGAAUGUGUGCUCCAAGAGAUUUAUAAUUAAAUUAUUUCUAUCUCAUUGUGGGAAAGAUUGAAGAAAGAGAAGAAAUGAAUUUACACUAACGUGAAAAUGUCACCCAAAAGUUAACAGAAUAAAUUCAGUAAAAAUGAAAUUUAGUCCCAACAUCAGGAAAUACUUCCUUAGACCCCUUCCAACCAGUUGAAAGCCAAGUAUUUAAAGCUAAACGUGGGUGAGAAAGCCAUGAAGCAUGGAAAAAGGCAGAAGACAUGGCUUCUGAGGAGAUCUUCUCUAACUUGGUAUCUUCCUUUCAUCACUAGCCAGCAUUUUCUAAGUCAACUUCUGUGCUGUUUUCAUCUACCAUAGAAUUGCUACUGAAAAAAAGUGGGUUCAUUAUAAUAAUCUGAGCAAGGUUCCACAUACAUCAUAUUUUCUAAAUUGAGUAGCAUUUGUCAAUCAAUGACCUCUCUGGGUUUUGUGCACCAGAGUUCACCUGCAGAUGGAUAAUAGCAGAGAUUAUAUCAUUGAUAUUAAUACAAUUAAACAUACUAUGCCAUCUGUUUUCCUUUCAGAUGCAGAUUAUUGCGCCAACUGUCCAGAUGAUCAGCAUCCAAAUAAGGCUCAAGAUCGAUGUCUCCCCAGGAUCCCAAACUUCCUGUCCUACAAAGAACAUCUGGGGAUCGUCCUGACUUCCCUUGCUCUAUUCUUCUGCUUAAUUACAGCCUUUGUGUUAGCCAUCUUCAUUAAAUUCUUGGAAACUCCUUUAGUCAAAGCCAACAAUCAAGAUCUCUCCUUUGUCCUCCUCGUCUUCCUCUUCUUUUCCUUCUUGUCCUCCUUCCUUUUCAUUGGUCAGCCAAAGACUACCACUUGCCUCCUCCGACAAACCGUCUUUAGCAUCAUCUUCUCAGUUGCUGUCUCUUCUGUUUUAGCCAAAACAGUCACAGUGGUGCUGGCCUUCUUGGCAACAAAGCCAGGGAGUAAGGCGAGGAGAUGGCUGGGGAAGACCUUGGCCAAUUCCAUUAUUCUUUCUUGUUCUGGUAUCCAAGUUGUCAUCUGCACAUUUUGGCUGGGAACCUCUCCUCCAUUUCCUGAGUCUGACAUGCACUCCCAGCUCGGAGAGAUCAUCCUGCAAUGCAACGAAGGCUCUGUCCCCAUGUUUUAUGGGGCCCUUGGCUACAUGGGCUUCCUGGCUGCCGUCUGCUUCAUGGUGGCUUUCCAGGCCAGGAACCUGCCUGGGGCCUUCAACGAAGCAAAGCUGAUCACCUUCAGCAUGCUGGUCUUCUGCAGCGUCUGGGUCUCCUUUGUGCCCACCUACCUGAGCACCAAGGGAAAAUACAUGGUGGCUGUGCAGGGCUUCUCCAUCUUGGCCUCCAAUGCUGGGCUGCUGGGCUGCAUCUUCUUCCCCAAAUGCUAUAUUAUUCUGCUACGACCUGACCUGAAUACAAAGGAGCAGCUAACGGCAAAAAGUAAAGGUGUCUUGAAAGUGAAGGCUAAAUAACUGCAGUGGACUUAUGGCUGGACAUGUCUUAAUUCAUCAGUUUAAUUUCUGUUAGAUAUGCAUUUCUGCCUUGGUGGGGGGAUGGAGAAAUAGAUUUGCUUUCUGCUUCACCCUCUGCAAGCCAUUUUAGCUGCUCCCCUUUUUUCCCCAUGGCGGGUGAAGAACGAUCAUAACAAAGCCACCAUUCCAGUUUUGUGGACUGAAGGCUUGCAAGGGUUGCUCUGCCCAAAGUCAGCAAAGUCUGUCCCAUUUGGAGAAGAUCUUAGGCAGCCAAGACACAGCUGAUUUUGCAGGCAAUCCUGCUAGAGCUGAAAGCAAAGGAGUAGGAGAAAUCAAGGCUGGAAAAGAACAGUGCUUGCUUGAAAACAUCACUGA